CUUAAACUGCCCUUUUUAAACAACAACAACAAAAAAAAAACUUCUCUGCAAACAAAUCAUGAAGAAAAAAUUCUGUCUUUGUUAUUGUCCUUCUGUUGUUGAAACAGAGGAUUCUGUUGAUCUUCUUCUUUCUCCAAACAACAUUACUACUGUUUCUUCCUCUACGAAAAUCUUCAGAAAAAAUUCAGAGAAAAAAACACUCUCAUCUUUAACGAAAUCUUCAUUUAAUAAGAGCAUCCGUAAACUUCCAAGCAGGAAAAUCUUUUCAUACAACAACUUCCCUCGACUUUUUAAAGCCAUCCUGUUUCAUGAUUCCCUGAGAAAUAUUCAGCAACUUGAGAUUGAAUUGAAAAAUAAAGUGAGUUGGAAUAAAGAUGAAAAGUGCUUCAAGAAAUUGGAAAAUCAUGAAUCAAGAAAACCAAAAAUGGAAGUUGAGGAAGUUAAUCAAAUCUCACAAGAAAAAGUCAGUUCAAUUUCACAUGAAUCUCAAAAGUUGUCAUCAUCAAAUUGGACAAAUCCAAAAGCUUCUAGUACUACCUUAACAUCAUCAUGUGACCACAAGAAAAAGGACUAUUGUUCCUCCUUGUAUUUAAUUGUCAUUGCUCUAUUCAUGACAAUUUUUCUAGGUAAAUAUUGGGCCAUAGUGUUAACAUUAUCAUGGCUCUACUCUAUCCCUUAUUAUAGGAGUCCACGACAAUAAUAUAUCUAGCGAAAUCCUAUAAAAUGAAGUCUUGGCCUUUGUUAUAGGAAUCGAUUAAUAGAAAGUGAAAAAAAUCAUCAAUUGUUGACUUGAAAAGAAAGUAAAGUUUUUGGCGUCAACAAUACUUCGAAAACUCUAGCUUUUGUGAUUCUUUUGGAAUAGUGUAUCACUUUAGUAACAGUAAUAAAUUAUUUGU